AUGAAAGUGGUAUUUAUUGGCGCUGCUCGAGCUGGCAAGACGACCAUCAUACUAAACAUGUUGUAUGGAAUCUGCAAUCAGAAAUACAAGGCUACGAUAGAAGAUCACUUUAACUUUUGUGCAAAGCUACCAGAUGGAAAGAUUCAGGUGUUAGACAUAGUUGAUAAGUCUGGGACCGAUGAAUUUCCAGUGAUGAGAGACCUGAGAAUUCGCCAAGGAGAGGUCUUCGUCGUGGUGUAUGCAGUAGACAGUCGGGAAUCCUUCCAAUAUGCGGUCAGAAUGUGCCAGAAAAUCAAGGCAGUAAAAGACAAUGAAAGAGCUCCAAUUAUACUGGUUGGAAAUAAAACAGACAUGAGUUCUGAAAGAUCGGUGACGUACGAGGAAGGGUAUCAGUUCCUUCUCUCCUGGAAGACAUGCUUCUUUAUUGAAACCAGUGCAAGAUUGGGCGACCAUAUAGAACGGAUGCUGCAUCUCCUCAUUGUGAGAGGGGACCCCAACAAUGAAAGAGCUCCAAUUAUACUGGUUGGAAAUAAAACAGACAUGAGUUCUGAAAGAUCGGUGACGUACGAGGAAGGGUAUCAGUUCCUUCUCUCCUGGAAGACAUGCUUCUUUAUUGAAACCAGUGCAAGAUUGGGCGACCAUAUAGAACGGAUGCUGCACCUCCUCAUUGUGAGAGGGGACCCCAGGUUUCUGUUGGAAGUCGAACUCGCACUGGCUCGUUGA